AUGGGUCAGCUGUGCAUGUGGGAUCUGACUGAUGGUCUUCCAGCGGUCAAUAUGAAUGUGACAACGAAGAUUGCGGAGUGCUGCGUCCGACAGAUUUGCUUUGGCGCAAAUGGACGGCUUAUAGUAGCAGUUGCGGAUGACUACUCAGUGACCCGGUUAGAGCGGAUUCUUGAAGGCGAAGAGAUACCUUCGUACUGCAAUACCGCUGGAAUUUUGAAUGGUCCAACUGCAAAGAAAGCAAAAAGACGUGGUCGAAGGCUCGGAAAGAAGCGCAAUGACAGUGAUUCAGGCAGUUCUGAGGACAGCGAUAUGAGGACUAACUAG